AUGGAAGCGCUUUCUCUUUCAGUCUCGCCACUGUCCCGCAUUGCUUCGGCAGAUGGCCACAUCUCAUCCCGACCUGAAAUGCCUGCCGAAAGACUGGAUUUGAGCGAUCAUGACUUGGAGGAUUGGGAAGACAACAUCCUUUCGGACGACUCCGAUACCUCUCUGCUUCCCAAGUUCGCCGAUUCUUUCAGAAGAAAGCUCGGCACAUACACUUGCAGGGCCAACACCCCAAAGCUGUGGACAGCAAAGACCCAGCUUGAUUUCCAGCAUCAGGACGUUGAAUCCGGUGUGCAGGAGUCGAGCGCGCGCUUCUCCGAGACAUCGCCGACUGAGAUGAGCUGUCGGUCUACUCCAAGGAAGGACGACAGCGAGCUCGACCCCCUCAUCAAGCAGUGCGCCUCAAUACCCACCCUGGAUGAAGUGUUGGAGGAGGAGGAGUUGGAACUCCUACGGGAGCAGCAGGAAAUGAUGAACAAGGAGGUUCAGAUCAUGGCUGAACUUCAGCUGGCUCAGGAGAGGCAGGAGGAGCAUCGCAGGAGGAUGGAGGAGGAGCAGAUGGCCUUGAUGCGUGCGGAGCAAGUCGCCAUGAUCAACUUCCUGAAGCUUCAGACCGUGAAGGGCAAAGCGCAGAACGCUCGGCCGACCACUGCUCCUGCCAAGUCCCGGACUGUGGUGCAGGUGGACCAGGGGAAGGCAGGGGAUAGCCAACUACAUCCAGGGCAUCGCACAGGCCCCGUGGAGGAGCAGAAGGUUACUCAGAACCGUCCUCAGACCGCGAUGGCAAGAAGACCUGACACCUCGCACAACGAGCACCUCCCAGUCACUGGCAGGGUGAGGCCCCAGACUGCUGGGGUCAGACCGCAAACUGCUCUCGUGACGACCGAGCAUGCUGAGAGCAGUCCGCAGCAGCCGGAAUUGGCGAAGAAGGAGCUGGCGAGGAGGAGGCCGUAUACGGCCGGAGCCUCGAGAGACCAGUCCAAGACGCGCUCGACUUUUAGCCUGCUCAACCCGUUUCGCGCGCUGAAGAGGAAAUUUUCCAUUCACCCCAUGUGGGCCAGGCCCAGGGCGGGAGUGAGAAUCAACUGGUGGAGCAGAUCUCGUCAUCUUUCAGAUCAUCCGCCAAGUACGAUGUGA